GUUCCGUUCAUUUUGGCGAUUUACUGAAUCAAAGCUUCGAUUCCGAUAAUUUGGAAGCAUUUAAUAUACUGGAUUUUGAAAAUUUUGCUGAAGCUGAUGAAUCCGGAUACUACAGUAGUGAUCAAUCGCAGGAAGCUAUUGAUAGAAGUGAUCAAGUACUGAAUCCGGAUGCUGUAAUAGUUCGCAUGAAUCUGGAUAGAGAAGUAGUUCACAGGACUCCGGAUACUGCAAUGGUUUUCAUGAGUCCGGGUAGUGCAAAUAGUUCGCAUGAAUCUGGAUACGAGCAAUUAGUUCACAUGAAUCCAGAUACUGCAAUAAUUUGCACGUAUCCUGUAAUGGUUGCAUGA